GAUGGCCGACCGUGGCUGCGCUCCCGAAGCGCCCAGCCCGCGGGGAUCUCCCCGGCCGGAGCCUCGGGUCCCGCGCGCGGCCGGGCCGGGCGAGACGCCGCGUACGGCGGCGCUGGCGCUGCGCUUCGAUAAGCCCAUCAAACAGGCUUUCUACAACACGGGCGCGGUGCUGUUCGUGUGCCUCUGCUGCGGGGCCGCGGUGCUCGUGUACUUCAUCCUCGAGGCCUUCCUGCGGCCGCUGCUCUGGGCCGUGCUGUGCGGCACCUUCCUGCACCCGUUCAAGAGCUCGCUCACGCGCCUGGGCCGCCUGUGGCUGCGCCGCCUGCACCGCGCGCACACGCCCAUCGUGCUGGCCGCGCUACUGCUGCCGCUCUGCUUCGCCGACUACGGCGUCGAGGCCCUGGGCGAGCAGGCGCUGCGCCGCCGUCGCCUGCUGCUGCUGCUGGGCGCGGGGGGCCCGCUGCUCUACGGUCUCUACUGCCUGGGCAGCUACCUGGGCGUCCAGGUGCUGCUGGCGCACGCGGGCGCCCUCAUCUGCCGCGGCCUCGACUACUUCAGCAGCCUGUGGAUCUGGACGUUGGUGGUUGGCUAUGUGCUGAUGGUUUCAUUCAAGUGGAAUGCGAACACUGAACGCUACUUGAGAGCAGUUUCGAUUCCUGUCUGGAUGGUACUGCUUUUUCAUAUAGCAUCACUGGCUGGCUCAUGGAGAAUCCCAGUAUUCCUGGUUAUUGUCUUCCUGAUGUCUGUGGGCACCCUUUAUGAAAAACAGAAUGGGAAGGAGUCUGCUGGGGCAGAAUUACCAGGACAAGUGAUCUCCAUGGCAGCGUCUACUCUUGCAAACUUGGCCAUCUCCAUCACAGGGUAUGAGUCAGGCAGUGAAGACCAGCCCUCCACUCAGCCCGCAGAACCCACUGACAGGGGAGAGCCCCCCCCAGCAUUGUCUGCUUCUUCUUCAUCAUCCUCCCGUUCCUCACCCUCUUCUCCUUCCCCUACUUUGGGCAGACAGAGGCCUGAGAUGGGGUCAUUUCUCAGAAAGAAGAAAACAAGUGACAUUUACUUUGUGUCUCUUGUGUGGGCCAUCAUUGCUGUCCAGCUCUGGCUGAAUCUGUGGAUCGUGCAGCUGCUGCCGGUACCUGUUGGAGUCUGGAUAAUUAAAAAGCUGGUGAUUCACUUUGGAGUGGUGGGCUUCCUGGAGAAACGCUGCCGCGUGUGGUGGCAGGUUGUCGAGUGCUUCCUGAAGGAGCGGCAGGAGGCGUUAGCACCAUGGCCAGUUAUCGGGCUUGGAAAGUUCUUACUAAAAGUUGAUAGCAAGCUCUGGCACUGGCUAAAUAAGAAGAUGAUCAUCUGGUUGGAGAAGAUGUUAGAUAAAAUUAUUAGCAUUUUCAUCAUAUUCUUGCUAGUAAUAGGAACCCUUCUUUUAGCCCUUCUCCUGACUGCAAAGGUACAUCAAGAAAGUGUACAUAUGAUUGAAGUCACAAGCAGUCUGAUUAAUGAAACUCUAGCAAAUCACCCAGAGUGGGCAAAUUGGCUUCCUGAAGCUCAGGUGGUCCAAAGAGCCCUUAAUUCUGCAGCUAACAAUGUAUAUCAGUAUGGACGGGAAUGGAUAACCCACAAGCUUCACAAAAUUCUAGGAGAUAAGGUGAACAAUACAGCUGUGAUUGAGAAGCAAGUUCUAGAACUGUGGGACAGACUGUAUCACUCUUGGUUUGUAAAGAACGUGACACACUCUGGAAGGCACAAAGGGCACAAGAUGCAUGUUAAUCGUCAGAACAGCUGGCUGGGAGACAUUCUGGACUGGCAAGACAUUGCCUCCUUCGUUCAUGAGAACAUUGAAACAUUUCUUUCGAUAUUAUCUUUUGGCUUCCAAAUAUGGAAGAUGAAGAUCUUGGAGUCCCUGUGGAUUGUUAUGAGCCGGAAUGUGAGCCUGCUCUUUACCACGGUUACCACGCUGCUGACCAUCCUCUUCUACAGUGGCACUGCCCUUCUCAACUUCGUGCUGUCCCUGAUAAUUUUCCUGACCACACUGUUUUAUCUGUUAAGUUCCAGUGAUGAGUACUACAAGCCAGUGAAGUGGGUGAUAAGCCUGACACCACUGUCUCAGCCAGGCCCUUCUUCUAAUAUUAUUGGCCAGUCUGUGGAAGAAGCCAUCAGAGGGGUAUUUGAUGCUUCCCUCAAAAUGGCUGGCUUCUAUGGAUUGUACACCUGGCUGACACACACCAUAUUCGGCAUCAAUAUUGUCUUCAUACCAUCAGCUUUGGCAGCAAUCCUUGGAGCAGUGCCAUUCCUGGGGACAUACUGGGCCGCAGUACCUGCAGUCCUAGACUUGUGGCUGACACAAGGGCUAGGGUGUAAGGCCAUCUUGCUCCUGGUCUUCCAUCUCUUGCCGACAUACUUUGUAGACACUGCGAUCUACUCUGACAUAUCAGGAGGAGGCCAUCCUUACCUGACUGGCUUAGCGGUGGCUGGCGGAGCGUACUACCUGGGCCUGGAAGGAGCCAUCAUUGGGCCCAUACUUCUCUGCAUACUUGUGGUUGCUUCCAAUAUCUACAGUGCCAUGCUAGUGAGUCCUACGAAUUCAGUGCCCACACCAAAUCAGACACCUUGGCCUGCUCAGACUCAGAGGACUUUCCGUGACAUCUCUGAAGAUCUGAAAUCUUCAGGAGAAUGACACGGCUUUGCUGCAGUGACUUCUCUGGGGAGUUCCUCCUGACGGUGACUGCUCCCAGGUGUGGCCUCUUCUGUCAGCUGUGUCUGCCAGGCAGGGGCACCCAGAAAAGAAGCAGAAGCCUCCCAGCCUUACACGCAGAACACCAAGUGAGAGUGGACUUGCUCUAGGCUGCUUUGCAUUUUAAACACAGCUUGAGUUGAAAGCUCUGUUCGCUCACAGCUCAUGCUAAGAUGGCUUGAAAAGUUUCAGUUCAUGCACUGGUACCGAGGCUUGAAACUGCCCUCUCGAUUGUCUACUGCAGUGCGUAUUUAUAAAGUCUCCCUAAGGAUUCUGAAAUACCCGCUGUUAAAGGUAUAUUCACUGUAAUUUUCCUCCUGUGUUAGGAGCGCUUAGCCCCUUUUCAGUGACGAGGCUUUCACUUUCUUGUGUGGCUUAGUAAACAGGGAACAUGCGUCUGAUACCCUUUUAGAAUAACAUCUUCCCCUCCUUGGAGAACAAAGGGGUCUUCGGGGUAAAGCUGGGGUGUGUGUGCUGUGACCAGAGGAGAGGCAGUAAGAGUGGGGCUCGUCCUCCCUUCCUCCUCUUUGCCUCCUUUCAGUAUUGCCAAACUUCUACAACGUUCCCGACCACAUUGGAUCUGGAGCUGCCGUGAAUGAAUACUAAUGAUGCCAUGGACUCCGUGUGUUAGCUUUCUUCUUCUAACAGUUUCACAAGGAAAGAUGCUCAGGUGGAGUGGUCCUCUGGUUUGUUGUGUGUGCCCCCAGUUCUUGACCUGGGACUCUAUCAGUAAGUUACUUAGCAGCAGACUGUCACUUAGCACAGUGCCUUGCACACGUGACUCUAGAUGAAUGCUUGCUGAGUUAGACUGUAACUUUCUACCUAUCUCAGAUGUGACAUAACCAGCAUAGUGCUUUCCUUUUGCAGCCCUUUUGCAUAUAACUUCACAUGCAUUUCAUCAGCUCCCUCAGCUUUGCAUCCAGUGUCACACUGGACAGUGGCCAGCACAGAGCCACCCAGUGUUAUAAGACUUGGUCUCCCAUCUCCCGGCUUCACAUCUGCACACUCUGUCGCAAAGCAUCUCUUAGGACUUAAGCAGUUUCCCACUCCUGUGCCAGGUGUUGCCCUUCGUUCCUUACAAGUGAAAGAAAGCUUGUCCUGUUUCAUGACAUGGCCAUGAGAGCCAGCUCCUCAUGCAGUGCCCUUCCUAGCUCUUAAGUCACCAGCCCUGCCCGUGCCCCGAGAGAAUAGGGAGCAGAAGGGAUUUGUGCUGAAAAUUUUUCUUGAAAGCAUUUAAGACUAAAAUUAUUUUUUCUAAAACAUCUAAGUUUAUAAAUUUAUUUAUGUCACAAGUAAUACACCCCACAUACUACAGUGUCCUGACUUGGCCAUGAAUAGCAUAGCACAUGCAGGUCUCCUGGUUGUUUCAUGAAUCCUUCAAUAUUUAUGACCUAUUAUUCCAUUACCUGUUAGAUUUGGCCACUAAAUCACCUAUUGUUCUUUAAUCAGUUGGUCAUUUGCUCAUUAACACGUUUCUUGAGUGUUAGUAAAGUCUAGGCACUGUGCCAGGGACUGUACAGGGUGUUCUGGGAGAUAGGUCCUGAAAGCAGCCGUCCUCACCUUCAAUGCCAGACAGAUCAUGCAUCAUUCUAAAUCUGAAAUUCUUGUAUUAAAAUGGCUGAAGAGAGAAACCAAGUUUCUGUUUCUUUACUAUAACCUGUUAAGUUUAUAGCUAUAAUUAGCACAUACUCAUAGAAGGCAAUAAACACAGUUGUUUGUGUGCAUAUACAAAUUAUGUUGCUCCAAUGUGCUUUUAAGCCAUGUAAGAGCAAAAUUGCAAAAACCUAGGUUUGAGCUAAUUUAUAGCUGUUGGUAGGGUAGUUCACAGUCUAAGUGUGAAGUUGUUUGAGGGAAGUUCUGAGCUUCCUAGAUUAGUAGCAGCAGCCUAAGACCACACUGGAAUUUUAGGGAUAGAGGUCCCUGUAGCAGCACACCGUCCUAAUCAGGACACUCAAACUCUCCAUCGCUACAGUGAAUUCAGGAGGUUGGAACUAGAAAAGCACCCUGGCACGUGUCACGCACAGGGAAGAGGUUUUACAGAAUUUUUCUAGAAUAGAUAGAGAGCAGGUGGCAUGACAAGGUGGGAGUUUUUAGCUUAAGUCUCUAACCUGCCCUGAAGAGUUUGCAUCGGAAUUUGAUCUGGGAAGAUGUUCCCCUAGGAACAGAGAGGGUAUCUGUGCCAGGCAUUUGUAUGUGUGUGUGUUUGGGGUGUGUGUCUGUCUGUUUGUGUAUAGAAUGCAGUAUGUUUAUUUAUGUGUGAGUGCUUGUAGAAUGCAUCCAUGAAGCAAAAGUAGUUUCAGUGAAACUGAGGACAGAACUCUGUCAUAGCAUCUUGGAUUCCACAGAUAUAGUAAGGGUUAGUUUCCAGUUCCUAUUCUCUGACAGUUUUAAACUGAAUGGGUACACAGGGAGCUGAGAAGCUGUGUGCACCCAUCUGCUCCUGAUUGUGAGAGAGCAGGUGCAGGGCUGGAAGCAUAAAUUGCAUAUGAUAGACCUCCUGCCUGGAUCCCACAGUCUUAUUUUCAGAUGUGAUCUAUGGGCUUCUUCAGCUGCCAGUGUUAGAUAGUAAAACUGUGAGUCUCUACCCGUCUUCCCCAAGAGCUGACUGCUGACCUUUGGGCUCUGAGAUGAGUCUGGGUUGGCUCUUGACUGUGGAAAGGUGCUGUGUGGAGACCCUGUGUCCAGACUCUGGCUCUGGGGAUGGCAGCUGUGUGGACCAGUGUACAGGCGGGAAAGGACUUGCAGGGCUGCUCCUCUGGCUAACCUUGGCUACUCACCGAGCUUUUUCGGGACUUCUGCAUUCCUCUAGUCCCCACUUUGGCUAGAUGCCUGUUUCAGAAGUGUGACAAGAAGUGCUGGGAACACAAGGCUAAUCAGGCUUGGACUAAAAUACAGUCAUGUAGGUGACUAUCUAGAGAUCUUAACCUAGUUUGUGAGGAAUACAUUCACGACUUCCCAUAUUCUGGUCCUGACCUUCCAGUAUGUUCUGAGGGUCUCUCACAGCCUUUCCAAGUGUAUCACAAUAUAUAUGACUUUGAGUACCCUCUUCACAGUGAAAAUUGCUUAUGGCAACAAACUUCCAAAUUCUAGUUCCUGCAGAGAACAACUACUAUUUAUUUUCUAUUUAUUUAUUUAUUUUUAUCAGUUUCUUGUUUGCUAUUUUUGCCACUAAAUGUGUUCAUUUCAUUAACUCACUAAGGUUUGGGAAAAACACCUCUCUGAAGCCACUAAGCAGCUUUCUUGACAACUUAAAAACACCUAAGAGAAUUGUAGAUGAGGAUCCUUCUUAGCAGUCGCAGAAUGUGGUGCUUGAAUGGGCUGUUGUAAUGAGAGGAUGAGGUCGUUUUAGAGAAGGAAACAGGUUUGUGGGUAAGUUCUGGCACAGAGCCUGUUAGCAGCAGAAUUCAGAGUGGAAUGCAGAUGCCCUUGCUCUCAGCUCACCUUCUGCUUCUCUUCCCUUUUCCUCAACCACUUUUGUCAAAAAAAAGAAGUUCUACAUAGCAGUCGUUUACAGAAUGAAUAGUAAGAGAAAAACUGCUGAGAGAGGGGAGAUUCCACGGUCAAUUAAAAUUCAGGAAUGCUAAGUUAUUUCCUUUCCCUGGGAUGUCUGAGUUUCUGUUAUGCCAUGACACACUGUGAACUCAGGAGGGACAUAUUGUGUCACUGUAUGUUAUGUCCCUGUCCUUCUCCACCUUCCUCUGAGCAUCUCAAAAGAGCAGGGUUCCUUUGAUCAAGUUUACAGGUCUUGUGGAAGACGGCUGUUAGUGAGAAUCCUGGCAGUGCCUAUGUUACCGCAGUUCUAGGGGAAGGCCACAAGUCCUAGCCGUCUGCUGCCCAGAGCUGUGCUAGCAGGGAGGAUGUUCUUUCCCACCUGUGGCCCACAAAAUCAGUAUUCAAGUUCUCCAAGAAUCAUUCAGUGUGCGGAUGCACUAGUGAUGCUGUUGCUGCAUCUUAGCAAUGCUUUUGUAUGGCACUUUAUAAUUUUCUGGCACCUUUAGGUUCAGCCCUGUGAGGCAGACAGUAUUACAGUCAUUGUACAGAUGAGGCACUGGAAACUCUAGAGAAGUUUGUUGUUGACCCCUUCUCUUCCCUUCCUCUCUCCUAAGUUUAGAUCACAAAAGGAUGGAGUCAGGAUUUGGUUAUAGAGUCUCUGACUCCAAGUCCAAAGUUCCUUUCUACUGGUCUUUCCUUCUAGCUUUAUUUAUACAGUGAAGGUAUGGAAACAGACCCAACCGUGGUUUGGCUUAUUGUGAAAUAUAAAUGCUUUGGUUAUUGGAGUGGCCCAGAAGUAACUCUUGCUGUAGCUGUCCUAGAGAAAACCCUUCUUUGUCCUUACAGUGUUACUUGUUCAGGUACCUGGAUUGUACUUCAAAUACUGUUUGAUUGUGAAACUAAGAUUAAACAUAUCCUUGUAAUUAUUUAACUCUGACAAUGUAUCACCGCUGCAUUCUCAGGUGAAGGAAAGAAAUGGUUUGACAGGAAAAAUAGCAUUCAAAUGCAGCAGUAAAUAUCUUUUAUUACACAAAUGCUGUUUCUUAGCUUUAAUUUGCUUUCACAAGUUACUGAUGUAACAUCUUUGUAAAAUGUAAAAUAUUUAUAUUUUGAAAUAAAGUCACAAAUGUUGGAUGAAA